AUGGCCACUGCUUCGAAUACUAAUGCAGCAGCAGCACCAAAUAUGGUAUCGGGUAGUGAUAAAAAAGAUGAGAUUGAUAUUGAUCCAAAAUCAAAAGCUGUAUUCUAUAAAAAAGGCUAUGAAAUUCUAGCUAAAAUUGGUAGCGGUGCAUUUGGACAGGUAUAUCAUGCACGUAAUUUUAAAAAUGAUAUCGAUUGUGCCGUCAAAGUAUUGGAUCUGAACGCAAUGUCGAAAAAAGUUUGUGAAAAAUUUUUACCACGUGAAUUGUCAGCAUUGAUGGAAGUAAAACAUCCGUAUGCAAUACGUGUAUAUGAUAUAAUUCGUUCGAAUCAUCGUAUCUAUAUAUUUAUGGAAUUUGCCGGCAAUGGUGAUCUUACUAUCUGA